CAUGGGCUGGGAAGGAGGCAACUGUAAUCCUAUGACCUUGUGAUGAACUUAAUAUCUGGAAACCCAAAUUACUUUUCUAUUUAGAUUUUGGCAAGUCAAUAAUUACCAAUCCAUGAAGCUCCUGUCUACCAUGUUAUUAAAAAUAUUAGCAUGUGAGAUGGUAUAUGCAUAGCACUAUUUCUCUGUUCAAAUGCAAGAUUAUGUGACAUCCACCUCUCCAAGAAAAAUAUAUGUGAUCAGCCUUCGUUUUUUUAUUGUGUUACUUCACAAUUAAAGUCUCAAUUUUAUGAUGUAAAUUAGAUCAGAGUUUCUUUUAAUGGGUUUCAAAUCCAUUGCUUUAAGUUAAAUCAUUUGAUCUUGUUCAGCUGAUGUCCCAUUUCACCCCCCAAAAACUAAGAUUUUCUUGAACCAAUGAGAGUUUAUUCCGAACUUUUUUCUGUAAUUAAAAUGAUUGACAAUUCAUGCGGCCCGGCCCAAGAUUACAGAUGAGGCCCAUCAUACGGUUCAAGUUUACCACAGGGAGAAGAAGAGAGGUGGAGGCGGGACCGCCUUAUCUGAUGGAUUGCAACGCCCGCCAUUUGUUCGUCUUCUGGCUUCUACGGCGGCCAAGGAAUUGAAUCGAGCGAGCGACAGAUCAUCAAAGGACGCUCUCCUCCCCACAAUGUGCUGACCGACCCAAGUACGCCGAAUGCCGCUGCCGAUGCCUUCCGCCGCGCUCUCCUCCGCCCUCUCCCCGCCUCCAUCUCCCGGUGGCCCGCUCGGCCGCCGCCCUCUCCUCCUCUCAACGACGUCGGCUACGACUUCGAGCUCCUCCUCUCGUCCGCGAGCUCGUUGCCGCCUUCUCCGCGCUCGAGUCGUGGAUGGGUCUAAAGAAACUGAGACAUCUUUGUACUUUGCAAAUGAAAGAUCUGAAUCUGACAAGCUAGUUGAUAGCAUGGACUUUGGCGAACUCUGCAAUGAAUUUGAAUGCAUUAGUAGCCCUCAGGUGGAAUCAACAGCAAGACAACUCGCUCGGGAUAUACUAGAGAUGCGAGAAGGAAAUCGUGCCCUAGGAUCUUAUUCAGUUUCUGUCAAAUAUAAGGAUCCAGUUAGGAGCUUCGUUGGGCGUGAAAAAUACAAAAGACCUCUUUGGGCAACUGAUGCACUGGAAAAUCCAUCAGUGACGGUGCAGGAAAUGGUAAUGUUAUCAACUAGUGUACUGAGCAUAAAGUGGACACUGAAAGGGAAACCUAAAAACCCUGCAAUUGCAAGCAUAGGAGGAGACCUACAAGUUGGAGUGGACUCCCGCUUCACCUUAAACCAGAUAAGUGGCCAAGUUAUUGAACAUGAAGAGUCAUGGGAUUUGUCUCAAUCAUCUCCUGUUGCUCAGUGGUAUUUCUGGAUUUCCAGGAGAUUGUUCUCCGUUGUUGAAUCUGUCAAAGAUACUGUUGAUGCUGCUAAGAAUACAGCAACACGCUUGUCAACCCAAAAAGAGGACUUGGAGAUCUACCCUGACCCUUCUGGUGAUCCUACAAAGUUCUUUCAAAGGGAUGAUGACUUGCAGAGAGAUGCUUAUCAGAUUGCACUCUUCUUGGCCGUAAUAUAUCUUGUUGUACAGUUUCUGAGGACGACUCUUUAAAUGUGCAGUUGACUUCGGAACCUCACGAAAAUUUUUCAAAGUCAAAAUCCAAAAAAAUAUAUAUGUCCAAAUUCCAAUCAUGUAUGUAUCUUCAACCUUCUAUUGUAUUAUAGAUGAUGAUCAUGUUUUCUAAUUUCUAUACGAGAGAAGGACAUGUCAAUAUAUCCUUCGAAGAGUUCAUCAGA